CUUGUAGGACUGUUUUUCUCCCGCCCUGUUCGAUCCGCACCCCACCCAAAAGAAGCCGAUCCGCUGAGGAAAAACUGGUGUGCGUGGGAUAAAAACCAGGCUGAGAAAGCAACGGGAGGUGUUGACGUGCAGAUAGCGCUGUGUUACUCAAUUCUGUUGCAUUAACUGUGACUAAUCUUAUGUGGUUUCUGGGAAAAUGUGUUCUUGUGAGUAAAUGUGCAUCGUAAAGAAACAAACAGAGACCGUGUAUUUCCAGAAACCUGUUCCUUAUUUGCAUAAUUUAUGUAGUGUUUGGUGCAACUUUCGGUUUCCAUUAUUUCCCCAUUCAGAGUCUGAGGAAAUAGAAUGGCUACUAACGAUCUGAAGAAAAAGACAGAAGACAAGCAAUGUACAAAAGAUGCCAGAGUUUGUGUCCCUAAUCCACACCUUAAGAAAAUGAAAGAUGACAUCUUAUAUCAUUUUGCCCUUGGGACUAGUACUCAUGAUUUUCCUGCCUUAUUUGGAGAUGUAAAGUUUGUAUGUGUUGGAGGAAGUCCUUCACGGAUGAAAACCUUUAUUACCUACAUUGCUGAACUGCUGGAUAUUGGUAACCCUGGUUAUGACUAUCCCAAUAUAUGUGCUGGAACAGAUCGGUAUGCAAUGUACAAAGCAGGACCUGUACUGUCAGUCAGUCAUGGAAUGGGAAUCCCUUCAAUUGCCAUUAUGUUGCAUGAACUCAUCAAGCUGCUGCAUCAUGCCAAAUGCUGCAAUGUAACCAUUAUCCGUAUUGGCACAUCUGGUGGAAUAGGUUUGACACCAGGCUCCGUGGUGAUCACAAAGCAAGCCGUAGAUGCUACCUUCAAGCCACAGUUCGAACAGAUUAUUUUGGGGAAGUCUGUCAUUCGUAGUACAUACUUAGAUGAAAAAUUAAAUGAAGACCUUAUGGAGUGUGCCAAGGAACUUGAUCAGUUCAACACAGUUAUUGGAAACACAUUGUGCACUCUGGAUUUCUAUGAAGGUCAAGCUCGCCUUGAUGGUGCCAUCUGCACAUAUACUGAAGAAGAGAAACUGCAAUAUUUGAAGGAAGCUCACAAAACUGGAGUAAGAAAUAUUGAGAUGGAAUCUUCUGUUUUUGCAGCUAUGUGCAAUCUUAGUGGCCUCAAAGGUGCUGUAGUAUGUGUAACAUUGCUGAACAGACUUGAAGGCGAUCAGAUCUCUACACCUCAUGAUGUUUUGAAGGAGUAUCAGACAAGACCACAGAAGCUGGUGGGACAGCUGAUUAAAAAACAUCUUGGGAAAAAGUGACUUUCUGUACUAUAUAUUUCUAGGAACUUUCCUUUUACUUGAAUUCUUGUUAGAAAUGUUUCAUUGGUAUCAUAACCUACAAUCCUAUGUUCUCCUUUAAAAAGAAUUGAACUAUUUUUGAAUUAUAUGUAUGUACUCAUGCUUGCAUGUACAUAUAUAUGUACAUACCCUAAUUAACAGCAGUUUAUUAAUUUGCGUGUGUGUAUACACACACAUACAUAU